AUGCCAAGGCUAGCCCUGCCGUUCCUCGACAGUGUCGGGGAGACGGAUGAACACGGACCCGAAAAGGGAUCGCUUGUACGGCCGUGGAAAGCUUACUGGCCCCCCGAAGCAGGUAGCGAGCUCCAUGCCAUGCUAGAGCAAAACGUUCCCGAGGUUCUUACCUGGCGCUUCAAUCCCAAAGAUCCAUUCGAUCGUCCCUGGCAGUCGUGGACCAAAUCUGCUAUCCUCAGCGGAAAGGUGUGCACGUCCACAGUUCUCCAACCAGCGGUUAACGGAGUCGUUUACGAGACCCCCACCGCUCAAGAGGAAAGGGCAGCAAGUGAGGAAGCGCGUCAACGAAAUAGCAAACUGUUGGAUGCCCAAAUUACCAGCCUGCAUCUUCCACACACAACACCAAAACAGUUCAAUUAUCUUUCUGGAGAUCCUUUGUACCUCACGACGAAGCCUUACCACACCAGAUUACCGUUCAUGGGGAAGAUCCGACGGAGUAAUAUCAUUGCUCAGGGAUAUUCCGGAGUCAACAUAUAUGACCUGCGUAAUCACGAGAAGGAGUUUACGCUUGAUCGCUCUGGUUUCCAAUACUGCCACAUUCCCGUCCCUAUUGCCCAAUGGACCAAUGAGACGGCCAAGAAUCAGUACCUCCCACUCAUGGAGACUUGGCUCAAGGACUACCUUAGGCUUGUUUCCCGAAAGCCCCUAACAUACAGACGUGGUACAAGUUCCGCUGCUCCGUAUAACCAACCGAGUGCAGAUGUAACUCUCAACUCUGGCAUUAGAAGGUUGAACCUACACUUGCCAGAAGAAGCAGAAAAGAUCAUGAAAGGUCGAUGGCGAAUGGUUGGGUUUGCUGACCACCGCUCUCCACUAUCAAGUUUAUGGCGUGCACUCACUGGACCAUACCAAGAUCGCCCGCUCGCACUUCUCGAUCAUCGAAGCCUCGCGGCACAUGAUCUCCUCGGCGCCGACGUUGUUUUCCCGCAUUAUUGCGACGAGGGUUAUGAAGUGCGAUACAGUCCGCUGCACCGGUGGUUCUACAAGUCGCGUAUGACGCCGGACGAAGCAUUACUCUUCAAGCUCUACGACAGCUCCCCGGAAGAGGUUCGUUUUUGUCCACAUGGUGCCUUUGUCGACCCUUCGGUUCCUGAAGGCACUCCACAGAGAGCCAGUGUGGAGCUUCGAGCAAUUAUUAUCGGCUGA